CCCAGGUGUACAUUGACCCGGGGCUGUGCGUCUCCGAGCAUGGAUGUGGAUAGCGCUCGUCGCCCAUGAGAGGCGGCCAGCUGCAGCAGCAGCAGCAGCAGCAGCAGGGCCCGCUGAGGCCGAGGCGGACGACGACGACGAGGACGAGCGUCAGAACGAGCUGUUCGGCAGACACUUCCGGCUGGGGGCGCGCCUGGAGGUCGCGAGGCCCCGGCACGCCACCGGGGUGGCCGUGAGGUGGACGGCCCGCGGCACGGCCAGGGCCAAGGCCGCCGCGAAGGAGCCGCCGCGGAGCGCCGCUCCGAAGUUCCGCUGCCCGCGCUGCGGGCAGACCUUUGGCAGCUGGCUGCUCUGCCUGCAGCACCUGCGUGACUCGAGGCACGCUCCCGAGAGGGAAUCGCACGAGGACACUGCGACCUGCGCGCGGCGCUGGAUGGCCAUGUGCACCAUCGACGCCAAGGACCUGGAGACCGAGCGUAGCAAAGGUGAAUGCGAGGCGCCGAUGGCGGAGUCCGCGGAGCCCGAGGCGAGGCAGUCGGCGAUGCUGCUGGUGGGACUCGCGCACGGGCAGCACUGUCCAGCGGUCGCCGACGGGUUGGUGGCCGAUGCGGCGCAGUGCGGCGACCGCCACGGCUGCACGGUCUGGGCGCUGCCGUGGGGCCUCAGCGCGCACUGCCCACGCAGCGAGGCAGCGGACGGGCGGCUGGCGAGGGCGGUGGAGGAGCUCGAGUGCAUUGUGCGCUUCUACCUCCCCGACUUCCGCCGGGGCUCCGCCGCAGUCGGCGGCGCCCUGGCGCGGCCGGCAGCCGAGGCGGCGGGGGCGCGGCCGGCGGCCUGGCAGGAGGGCACCGUUGAUGACAUCAUCGCUUGGUUCGAGCGAAUGCAGCACCAGCAGGAAGAAGACAGCGACGGCGAGAACGGGGGCGAGGGGGCCGCUGGCACAGGCACGCCCUUGAGCGCCGCGGCGCCGCCCUUCGUGCCCGAGGGCGUCGCCUGCUGCGUCGCUGGGCUGAGGGUCCUGGUGCUCUGUGGCCUCCCUGGUUCUGGUAAGAGCACGCUCGCCGCCAGGCUGAGCUCGGAGUUCGGCUGGGGGGCGGUGAACCAGGACGAGCUGGGCUCCCGGCAGGCGUGCAUGAAGGCCGCCAGGCAGGUGCUGCGGCGGCCUGGGGGGCGGCUCGUGGUGGACCGCUGCAACGUCGACCCGGCGCAGCGCUCCGUGUGGGUGCAGCUGGCUCUGCAGGAGUUUGGCCUCGGAGCUCUGCACCUGGGCUGCGCCUGGCUUGAUGUCCCCGAGGAGGAGUGCGACCAGCGAGUGCUGCAGCGAUUCGGGCACCGCACGCUGCUCCCAGAGGCGGCGUCCCUCCGGGUGAUCCGCGGCUUCGCCGCCGGGCUGAGGCCCCCCUCCGCCGGGGAGGGCUUUGCGCGGCUGUGGCGGCUCGCCUCGGACGCCGACCACGAGCUCUUCUGGGCGGAGCUGUCUGCCGCCGAGGGCGGCGAGCGGCCCUCGGACCACGCCCCGGCCGAGGCCGCCGGGGUGGCCUCUGGCACGCCGCUUGCCGCUGCGGGCGCUGCCGGCGACAGCCUGGACGAGCCGGCGGCGGCGCCCUCCAGCGCGAGUGUGCCUCUGCCCGCCCUGCGGCUCGGAGGCGCCGGUGGGCGCGGCCGGGAGCCUUCGCCGCCACGCCAGGGCGCCGUUCUCCCCAGCGGCGCGCCCGCCUCUGCGGCGGAGCCGCCCACGGACCUGGGCGCGCCGCCGCCGCCGCGCAGGUGGCUCGACGGCCGCGGGGGG